AUGCCUACAUUGGCACCAGGUCAAUACUUAACUGGUUCUGUAAUUAACAGAGUCUUCAGUAACAACAAACCAGUGUAUAUCAGGCCAUGUAGACAAAUCCUAAAACAGCUUGUGAAUAAAGAGAAGCGUCAAAGGUAUAAUUUUCCUGAUAAUGUAUUUGAUGAUAAUGAUUAUGAUUGGAUGCCAUCAACUAUCAAUGAAAACGAAAACUCAUUUGACGCAUUGCAAGGUAAGAAAUGCCAGAACAUAUUCUAUUUAUGAAAUAGGAGGCUUGAAGCUUAUAUGGGUGGAUUUACUUGUUGGGGGGGGGGGGUGCACACCUCUCCUAGUCUUACAAAAAAAGUAUCCAUAUCAAAGUCAAAUAGCGGAUUUGGCAGGGCAUUUUUCAAACAAAACCACAAAAUUUGGCAAUUAGGGGCCAGGCAAUUCUAUAUUAAAUUUUCAACUUUUUCCAAUUGGGUUGCUUGGCCAUGAUGAACUCUGGGUUAAUUAACAAGUACAUCCUGUUUUAUGAGUACAGAAAUUAUGCACAGCUCUAGCUAAUUGCUUACAAUCUCCCUGCCAGGUAAGGGUCCACCCUUGUGAAGCAAUAAUGCUUUUGAAUGUAAGUAAAUUUUUCUCGCUACUGAAAAUUUGAUUUGUUAAAAUUAUAGUCACAAUUCCAUCACACCUUAAAGUUCAGGUUGCUUAUAUAUCAUGUAACCAAUUUUUUUUUAUGCAGCUUCUUAGUUGCAAAAUUUGCAUUUGCCUGUGUGUGCCCACUCUUGGCUUACUUAACAUUUAGCCAAGACAUUUAGUUCCACUUUUCACUGUCAUGUACACCUUUCCAUAUCCCAAUUCAGGAAUGAUUAUGUACAAACAGUACAACUCCUAAAACAAUAAAAUUCAUCAGAUUAUAAAUUCCUAGAACAUUGCAAUGUCUUGAAAAUUUUUUGGAAAAAAAUUCCAGUGCAAUGCUGAUCUUUUUUUGCAAAUUUAAUCCUGAUGACUGAUGAUUUUAUUGUUGUUUAUGGAUUUGCAUGGAUUAGAGAUGACAGACAUGGGUUAAAAUUAAAGAAAUUGUGGAAUGUAUACAUUUCAGAAUUUUGUAAUAUUUUCAAUUUGUUCAAAUUACUUAUAGAUAAUAUAAACUACCAAACAAAUCAAGUCCAGCCCGGAGAAACAAGUCAAAUUGCUGUGCUCCUUGAUAAACCAACAUUAACCAGACUGAAGCAUCUGGACAUGAAAUUUCCUGCCAGCUGGAACAGAUCAGGCAUGUCCAACCUGAUGAUACUAUUGUAGAUAUGACCCAGCUGUCCCAGCAUGAACCAUCUAGCCAAAUAAUGCAAAACAACCAGAGUCAAAUGGACAUGGAAGAACCACUUCUAUUACAAGGUAAAUGAUUUUCCAAAUUAGAUAGAAUUUAACUCCUUAAAGUUCAUUAUUGAAGGCCCGAGGUAUUUACCCAUUAACUGUCACACUGUUUAACGUGAGAUUAUACUGUGAUUGCCAGAUAAAAGUAGCACAAAAUCGGUAUUUUUGAGCAUUUGCCACCUAAAAGGAAGGACGGCAUUGAACUGUUUUGGGAUCCACCCACCUCCUCUCUCGGCUGCGCCACUUCCGGAGGUAGCUUCGCCGCACUCUACCUUUGGCUGAAAAUUAUUUAUCCCCAAUCUUACUAUUUCUUCAGUUAAAGGUAUUGUGCGGGGAAGCGAGCAGUGAGAAUAUAUAACCAUGCAUGUUGUUUGGGGCACUUUUAUAAUUGGCUGUAAAUAAAGGUGUCCCAGGAAUGUUAACCCCCACCCCUACAAUUUUUUCCCCAGGGGGGGGAAAUUCCUAGUAUUAUUUCCCUCCCAGGGGGCAAAAUUCCUAGGAAACUCGCCCCCCUUUGGGAAAUUUGCCCCCUUUAGAAACUUCACCUUUUCUUUAGGAUUUUUGUCCUCUGUUCAAAAUUUUGCACUUCCUAACAGUUGCAUAGGAUAAUUGUUACAUGGCUUUAGUAAUUUGAAAUCAGUAUCAAUUCCAAAUUGUUACGAAUGCAACUUUACAAUUAUGAGUAUCAAAAGGCACUUAUCAUACGCUUCACAGCACACCAUGCAUAUUUUGCAUUUUCGGUGUUAAUCCUUAAAUUCAUUGUUAAAAAGUAAUCACCGUGGCGAUUAUUGUAAUUCAGUGGUAUACUAGAUAUCAAAAUGCAUUUAUAAAAUAUAAAAAAUUAUAAAUUUAAAGUAUUGUUAAAAUUGUUUAGCAUCCACGUUGUUGUUGUUGUUAUUGGAAAAUAUAUGGCUUAUUCUUACAAGUUUGGGAUAAAUUUUAUAAAUAUGUGUAGAUCGGAUUCACCAUUCACAACAUUUUUAAAUUCGGGUUUUUUCUCUCUUGCCACAUACUGUAGAGAAAUUUACAAGUAUCCUUGACCAUGUGGUUGUGACUAGUGAGAUCUUUUUUUUUGUAUUGGCAGAUUAUGAGAUGUAAUCAUUGAUGCACACGAUGAGUUGGUCAACGAUCAUCUAGUUGAGAACACUCAGACUCAGUUGGUUAGAGAAAUUGCUAUUAACUGCAAUAACGUUUUAAAGGAUAUGAUCAUUGCAUUUAAAGACGAAAUAAUUUUGUCUUGUUGCCUUGAAAUUGUAUUUAUCGACGAGAGAGGAAACAUCGAAGACGGAAGAGGUGCUGGUGUAAAGAGAGAGGCGCUCAGUAUAUUUUGGAGAGAAUUUUACAACUCACUUGCUACUGGUGCUUCCGAAAAAGUUCCAGCGAUACGUCAUGACUACCAGCAAAGUGAAUGGAAAAGUAUUGCGUGUGUCCUUGUUGCAGAAUUUAUCAAGUUUGGAUACUUUCCUGUUACUCUGUCGAGUGCAUUCAUAGCUUCCUGUCUCUUCCCAGAGGAAUUGCUUGUAGAAUCUUUUCAUCAAUACAUAUCCAAAGAUGAGAGUGAAACUCUAAAAAAAAGUGUCACUGACGAAUGCCCUGAUCCAUCAACAGAUGAGGAUGUGACUGACGUGCUCUCAAUGACACAAUGCCAAAAAUAA